CGUACAGGUUUCUAUGUUUAUAAAACUUUCUACCCAAAGACAUAUUAUAAAGAAGUAAUAUUCUCGAAGCUGGUCCCGAAGCCGGUAACACCGCCACGGCCGGAGCAGGAAAAGCCGCCGAAGUCGGCGAAGGCCAAGAAACAGAAAAAGAAGAAGGCGAAAAAAUCGAAACCCUCCACUUCGACGAACGUGCCUCCUUCACUCCUCGGAACCGGGUACGACUUACUUCUGUCCCAGUCAAAAAGCAUCCCACAGAGUUCCGAAGUGGCAGAAAGUUUGGAAGAAACGGAAGAAGGCCAGACAGAAGAAGAAUACGAAAGUGAAGUGGAAGAAGAAGAAGUCAAAGAGAAAAAAAGAAAGACGCCUAAAAAGGGGAAAAAAGGAAAAAAAGGGAAAAAGCGAAAGAAGAAAAAGGCUGUCGAGAUCGUCGAGCCGAAAGAACCAGAAAUGAUAUCAGUCACGUUCAAGCGGAUUCUAAGAAAACAGAAGCUUGUCGCACAACUGCACUGCAAGAGCGGUGACGUUUUUCUGGACUUCAAGCAGGUUCCCAAAUAUUUCUAUUUCCUCCUGACGACUUCCUACGGCAUACCGGUGAUGGACACGUGGGAAGAGGCGUGCGCUGAAAUGCCGGCUUAUUUCUUGAUAGGACAAUUGGACAAAGAUUUGUUCCACAGCUUUCAAACCAUGAUGAUGGUCUAUGAGCAACAUUUCGCGGUGAAUUUCAACGAUGCUUUUAGCCCUAUUCCGUACACGAAGUGUCAGGAAAGGCCUAUGCCUCGUAGAGCGGCUUGGAACAUUCCCCCGUUGGACGUCAUAAAAUCUAGCGGAGGUUUCGCGAGGAGAAUGAUAAAAAUAUUAACCCAGAUCAAAUACGAGGACGAAGAUAAAGAAAAGCCGACGCCUGAGGAAAUCCUGGCGGAGGAAGGAGAAGAGAACGCUCCGGGCAGAAAACAGCUGGUAGCCUAUAGCCCACAAGAAAUAGUCAAAGGGUAUUUGAACGAAUAUCCCGAACAGGUAAGAGAGAUAUUUAAGAAGAUUAGAACGAUAAAAGAAUUAAAAGACGAUCCGGAUUACCUCACGAAAGAAACUUCCCACUACAUGCAUCCUGUUUACAAUAUAUUCAUGAAGAGGAUAAGAACAUUUAACUACUUCGUCAUGUGGUGUCAUAGGAAUCACAUAAAUAAAAUGGUAAUAGAGUAUCCUGACCUGCCAGACCUGGAAAAAGCAAGCGAUGAGACUAUGUACGAGUUGUCACAAGAUCCAGAAUACGUCCAGGCUUUAGAAGAUAUAGUAAAUUCUUGGGCACAGUACAUCUUCAAGUUACUGGAAUCGGUCAGGGAGAAAAGUCCCAGCGGUCAUGGGCCGAUACCGCUUUACGAUUACUGGGCCUUGAGAGCUACGGCUUUUUCACCUGUAUUUGAAUCUUUGCACUAUCCCAUAGUAGAAAAAAUUCUUAAAGUCCUCUCCUGGACAGAAUCAAACGCUUUAAACGAUUUCCUAUACGCAAGAAACGCGAUCCAAGCUUAUUACAAAGUUUCCCUCGAAAACACGGACUACCUCAACACGGCCAUUUCAGAAAUCAGGCUUCUCAUGAAAUGCGAGAAAGUGAGCGAAAUGGCUCAAGUUUUACCGCAAGUAUUCGAACACAUUAGAAUACUGUGGGUGUUAUCUCCUCACUGGGGGGCGGAAUAUUACUUUUCCCAACUUCUCGAUAGAAUCAAAUGGGUGGUAGCCACAAAAAUAAAGAGAAUCCUGAAUGUACAAGAAUUAUUCUCCAUGGAUUUGGACGUGAUCAAAAAAGUUUGUUCGAGCUCCGCGGAAUUAAUGGCAUUCUGGAAAAUAAUCUACAUGAAAACAAGACAGAUGAUAGAAGAAACGGAAUGCGAGGCGAGAUGGGAGUUCGACAAAGAAGAACUUUUCCGAGAGACCGAUUAUAUAGCAUACAUAGCGCAAACCUUGUCAGACAUGGUGACGGUGAUGCAGGAGUACCUCUCCAUAUUCUGCCCCGAAUUCGUCCAUUCUGUCAUAGAAUCUUCGCCAAUAAGGAACAUAAUAAAAAGGAUUUGGAAUCUGACAAUCCCUAUAAAAUCAGCGGAUUUCGAUAUAUUCCACUAUAGAUAUACGACCAAAUGGAACAGGAUCGUAGACGAUUUUUGGCAUGGGAUGGAAGAGUUAGAGCAAGUCGCGUUGGGGGUUAUACAACAUGCCUUCAAGCACUUGAGGUCCUCAGGUCGAGCCGUUACGUUACUCAUAUUAUUUCAGAAAGUCGAAAUAAGGGGUAAGAUUUUCAAACUUCUCAUGACGAAAAUGGACGACGUACUGAUACAGUUCAGAGAGGAGGUGGCGAAAAUCACAGACACGUUCGCGAAAGGAUGCAGCGAACCACCGAUAAUGAGAAGGCAUCCCAUCUUCGCAGGAGCGAUUGCUUGGACGAGACACCUUUUUGCCACGGUCCGUAUGUCUUUAGAAGGCAUCAACGAAAUUUUGGACGAUACCCAGUCAGAAAAAAAGAAACAGACAUAUAGAGAAUUUCAACAUUUGGUAGAUCUUUUAAAAGCUUACGAAAAUGUCACUUUCAAGGAGUGGGUGAUUAACGACUUGCCUUACCUAAAACGAGCCUUCAGGAGGAACCUUAUUAAGCUCGCAGAAUUGCCCCUUGAAAACACGGACAACGAGUUAUCUUCCGGAGAAGAGGAAGCGGUUAAAAUGGCUGUCGAUGUUUAUCCGAAAGGUAAAGGGAACACGCCGAAUCUUUUCAAUUUGCUUUUCCCGGGGAGGGAAACUUUAAAAGAAAAAAAGAAAAAUAAAUUCAAUGAAUACUAUUUUUCGGAUGAUGAAUUGGAAUCGAAACUUUCGAAGGCGUCCAGCAGCUCAUUAUCGAUAGGCGACACUGUGAAGGAUCGGAAAACGAAAAACAGAACUGGAGCCGAUGAUGAUGAUCAGCCGGAUGGGGAAGAAGAUAGCCAAAUCGAAGAGGACGAAACGGACGACGAUACCUAUAGCUCGGGCGGAACGGAAACAGUAAGCGAAUGUUCUGUCAUAGCCAAAAGAAGAGACCACACAGAAAGCGAAUCGGAUUUGAGCACUCAGAUCGGUUCGGUCGGUGCCGACAAUUCCGCAGACGAAGACGGCAUAUAUCUGAACAUCGGAGGAGUACCCUUCGGGUUUUUCCCUUGUCCUAUAGAAGGCAGGAAAUCCGGUGAAAUAUACGAGACACAAGCUGUCACUUGCGUGGUUUCGGAUGUAGACACCCAUUCGGACAUUUCUCACACGGAGAUGGAAAGAAUAAACGCUAACAAAGUUCAGAUACUUUACCAGAAGCAGGCCGCAAAACCUUUCGAUGAAGAAUUUGAAGAAAAGGAAUCAAAACCCACAAAUCAAAAAAGGGUGGCAUCUUUUCACGUAGUUAAUACUAAAGCUUACGAAAAGAAAAGCCACUACGACAACAUUGUGCCUUUCUCAGGCACCAAGGAAUAUACCGUUGACGUGCUGUACAAAAAAUCGUUAGAAGACGCCGUUACCGCACUAAUCGCUGGAAGAUACAAAGAGAAUAAAUUCAAAAACAGAUUUUUAUCCAUAACAGAAAAAGGAGAAAACAGAGAGGGCGUCGAUGGAAACGAACCUUCAAUAAACGAAGUGCAACAAAAAGAAAAACAGUUAAUAAAACCACAACAGAAAAAAGUAAGUUUGCACUCGUUCUUAGAGGGAGGUGAUUCGAACGAAGUUCUGAACCCCAUCGAUUUACAGCCAUCUCCAGAAAUGAAAAUCAUUUACAGUCAACCCAAGAUGGACGGAGUAGAAGAAAAAGUGUUCAACGAAACGAUAGGCCCUGUAAAAUUCGAGGACCAGGAAGUAUUCAAACGGCCGGACGUCAAAAAUGGGGAGAGUCUGAAUAUUUACAACUGUAACUCGGAUUCGACGGACUCUUCGUUUACGGACAAGAGUGAAAUGUUCGCGACGUCAGAAAACGAUCUCCUGGAACUUCGGAAGAAAGAAGACGAAUUUGCAUUUUCCACAUCCGAAACCACGUCCGAUUCUCUAGAAUUCAUAAAGCCGAGGACGUUCAUAAACAAACUCAAACAAGGACAACCGGCGGCAAAGAAACAAUCGCUAAUGAGGAAGAAGGGGAAAUUUACAGACGCAUCCAGUCUUUCUAGUGAAAUAGACAUAAAAUUUGCGCCGAACGAAAUAUUAUUUUCACACGUCUAUAGUACGCAACCGCACCAAGCCGAAAGGCCGUACAAGUCUACAACCGAAACUAAAAGACUAGGAGGAGGGAAAAAGGGAUCUGAAACCUUCCUCGAAAAGAGUGCGAGCAGAAGAAGCAAAACAAAAAUAGAAAUGGGAAAAAUCUUGCCUUCCAAAGGAGACUCGGCCUCGUACGCCAUUAGAAAGAAACUUAGGUCGAGUUACGACGAACGUUAUUUUACACCGGGUCCCGAAAUUGGCACCGAAUCAGAUUUGGAAAACGACAGUGAUAUGUCUUUCCACGCAGAGAAAAAAUUAGAGAGAAUGAAAGUUAUGCAAAAGCCACCGGUUUUCUCAUUAGUAGAGUUGCAGUAUCACCACAACAAAAUGAUUCCCACGCAAGAAGGGCAAAAGGAAACUGCCGAACAGAAAGGGUUAGAGAACAAGGAUUCUUCGUCCUCGUUCAUGGUCAAAGAAGGUAAGGCGGCCUUCAUCGGCGACAACGUCAAAAAGCAAGUGGUGCACCAUGGCAAAAGAAUAUUGACGAUACCUGAACCGUACGCUUACUAUGUGCAAAGAAUAAAAGAAAACACAAAAAGGGUUUUCACGAAAAAGAUGAGACUGAAGUUGUUGUCGAAAAAAAGAGGUAACGUUUUGUACAACUACCGCAGGGCGGAAAAGGAAUUCGAAAGGAUGUUUUAUGACAAUGAAGAGGAACAGUUGAAAGCUGAGUAUUUCAACAACUUGGUAGAAGAGCUUCUAGACAUGACAGAAACCCAGGCGUACAGCAUCACAGGACUCGAUCAGAAAUACGAGCAAGAAGUGUUGGCAAUGAGGUCGGGCAAACAUAAAAAAAAAGUAGACGUUUGGAAACUCAUCGGAAGGGAGCCACAGUCGGAACCAGGAGAAAAAUCGGCUGCAGAAAAGAAAAAACCAGAAUUAGGGAAACAAGAAGAUACGGCAUCGAUAGUUUCCGAACAAGAAAAACCCGAUGUCCGUUCGGUCAAAGACGAGCCCAAUGGCGAUGAAAUGGCCAUGGUGAAAGUGGGAUCUCUGACAUCUGCCGGUACGGACCAAGGGGACAAUUUCGAGGACCUAUCAGAAAUGUAUUUAAAAAGGCCGUACUCUCCUACGAAGAGGGCUGAUGGAAAGCAAAACAAGAAAGCGAAAAAAAAACACAGCAUCACAACAAUAAGAAAGAAACUGAUGAGGCAUAGAGAAAAAAUGAGGAAUUUGACUGGAAAAGAGCGUUAUCGUUAUUUGAAAAAUCUAUACGUUGCUAAGAUGAGGAAGUGUUGCAAAAGGUUGAAAAAACUUAGGAAGAGGAGGAAAAGAAUACUGGAGUACAGAAGAAAAAAAUACUGCGCUAAAAGAAGACAAAUCUUGAAAAGGAAAAAGCAAAUGUAUAAGGAAAAAACUGUAGAACCGCAAUUAGUGGAAAUGGAUCAAAGUAUGAAAAGGUUGCAAACUGGUAAAACAGUUAAAGAACUGGCGAAAAUUGCAGAUGAGAAGAGAAAGCGUAAAUUGACGGAGAAGAUGAGAAGAGUUAGAAUAAGGGCGGAAAGGCGGAGGCUGAGGGAGAAAGUGAGAAGAGCUCGAAAACAUAUUCGUUUAUUGAAUAAAAAGUUGGAAAAACUGAAAUUGCAAAAGAUCAGGCUGAAAUGUAAAAAGAAACCGAUUAGAGUGCUAGUAACCCAAGACGAACACGAGAAAAUGGCUACAAGAGUGAAGAAGGAAGUUAAAAAAGCAAGAAAGAUAUACAAAAAGAAAGAGAAAAUUUUAGAACGGAAGAAAAGGAAGUUAGAAGAUAAAAAAUUACGUUUACACGAAGAAAUAAUAAAGACAGAAGUCAAAAAGCAAAAAGUAGCCCAAGAAGCACAAGAGCGGAAAUACAAAAGGCCGAAAUUCGAUGCCACGAUAUUCGAGGAAGUUAAAGACACACUAAUAGACGAGGUGGAACGAAUUGACAUCCCAGGUUUUAAGCGGAGACUUAACGAAGUCAAAGAUUUCCAAAAGAAAUUGUUAAAAGAGAAGCAAAAACAGAUGGAAGAGCUAAAUGUGGAUGCUAAGAAAUCUAAGAAAGGAAAUUUUAACGCUUCGAGCGAAGAGACGGAAAUGGAAAUAAACGACGCUGUCGCGACUUUGGAGGCCGGCGCGACGAGGAUUCUGCCGAGGGUCUACGUCGGAUGUCGCCACGACGUGACACGUUAUCCCUGGAGGGAAUUCAUCGGCACAGAUACUCUGUGCGAACAUGGCUACACGAUAAAACUUAACUUUGACUCCAACUUUCAACGCAUCGUCCGAGAGGCUGAAAUGAUCGACGAACUGGGCUUUCCGGUCCCGAAGGAGAUUCUCUGCCUAGCAACUCUCAAAAAGCUUCUUCACAUAGAGAAGUUCAGAGUCGAGACCGUCGUCAAUUCUUACAGGGAGCUCGUGAGCGAAAUGUCUGAGCCGCAGCGAGCCGCCCUCAAGCAUUUUAUUGUAGAAAUCGAAAGCCUCCUUUAUGUCGGACUUACGGAGCACACUUGGAGUUCGAUAAGCGUACUUAAAUACUGCACCCUGAUUGGUUCUAAACUAGCUAGACUGAGAAUAGUGAUGUCCCAAAUUAAAGAGGUAGAAAGGUCCCUCGCGACCAUAGCUCAAGUGGUUGAAAAAAUCGAGUUUUUCUCUUUGAAUUUUAAACAAGUGGUCCCAUUUUCCAGUUUCUUCAGCAGAGUAGAUAAAUCUAUGCUGAAAUCCGAAAGCGUGCUGGCUUCCCAGUUCGACAGGAUGACGCCGGCCAUGUGCAAGCUAGAAAUGGUCGCCGGUCUGGGAUACAGCGGCAAAUGCGAACAGAUGGUUUUGUACUAUAGGUGGGCGGAAAACACGUUUUUCGAAGCGCUGACAAAUAUGGUACUUCAAAACUGCUUAUUGUUUCAAGAAUUUAUUAUCGGCAAACAAAAGUCCAGGUUUCUGAUAACCGUCAGGCUCGGGCCUUACGACAUUCAGACUCAACCUACUUUAUCUAUAGUGGGACAUUCUUUAUCUACACUCCUGGACAAAUUUUUAGAAAGGCUGAGCCAUUUUCCAAGAUGGUUUGACGGCACUUGCCAUCCAGUGCCUUUCGUCAAGAAUCUGACCACUAACGUAUCGCAUAGGUAUUCCUAUGUCCACGACGUUAUUGAAGUCGGUUAUGUAAUGAAGCUAAUCGAGAAGGUUUACGAGACAAUCAAUUUUGUCAUCGGCAAAGUCGAUGACUACAUCUUGGAGUGGCAGAAAUACUCUCACUUGUGGAAAAUCAGCGCUUCCAAAACAAUGAAGAAAUUUUACGAUGACAAGCCUAUGCUUUCCGAAUUUGACGAAUGUUUUUCGUUUUACAACAGUAUACAACUUUUGAUGAACAACCAUAAAGGAUUCGCCGAUGUUUAUUGCAUAAGGCUCAAAGUAAAACCGCUCGUGCACAAUAUAAUCGCGAUCGCAGGUGAAUGGAAGAAUACACUGGCCAGACAUCUCGUCGGCGCCGCAAAAACGAAGGCGAGUGAAUUGUACGAAAUGUUCGAAGACAUGACCGUAAAGCUGGGACAAAACGUCAUCAACUUAGAGUCUUUUCAAGAGAUUUUGCAAACGGUCAAAGAGAUCGGCGACAUCCAACCCGAAGCCGAGUGCGGUUUCAAGUACAUUUACGAGAGAAUGCAUCUUGUCGAAAUUUGGAAAUGCUACGUGCCUUCUGAACAAAAGAAAAUGUACAAAACCGUGAGAAGAAAGUAUGCGAAACUUCGGUUAAUGGCGAUAUACAGAACAAUAGCUCUCGCGCCGGUGAAAGAAAUAUUCCACAACAUAACGGCCGCCAUGGCGGAAAGCUUCAAAGAAGAGUGCCUAGCGUUUGCAGAAAAGUUCCAGAAAGAAGGUCCUGGGGCACAGUAUGACAAUCUAGAAAAAGGUUUGGAUAUUUUACCCGAAUACGAAGUUAAAUUUAACGAAUUGCUUACAAGACGAAUCAAGAUAACCCAAGCGGAAAGAAACUUCUGCCUGAAACCUUCCAAUCUCAUGCCUUUCCUCAACGCCCACGAUGAUUUCUUGAAAACGCAGCAAGUAUAUGAAAUUUAUAGAAAGCAAAAGCUUUUCAGAGAGCAUUGGAGCAAACAUCUGUGGGUGAAUCUGGUCCCUUCGCGGUUAUUGGAUGGGAUCGAGGAAUUCCUGAAAGAUUUAAAAAAACUGCCUCCAGAAGUGAGAGACCUGCCAAUUGCGACUGCCAUCGAUCGUAAUAUAAGAGACUUCAAACACACGGUUCCUCUGAUGGUCCAAUUAAAACAUCCCGCCAUCAGGCCGAGGCACUGGCAAGAGCUUAUGGAAAGGACAGGAAAAGUAUUCGUUAUCAAUCCAGAAACUUUUACCCUGGAAAAUAUGUUCAAUAUGAACCUACAUUUGUAUGAAGAAAUAAUAGAGGAAAUCGUAUGGAACGCCAUGAAAGAGCUUCUCAUCGAGUCCGGAAUACAGCAAUUAUCAGAGUUCUGGUCACAAAUGAAAAUUCCGAUACUUCCUCACGUAAAUAAGAACAACGUCCAACGAGGGUACAAACUCGGUCAAAUAGACGAAAUUUUAACGACCCUGGACGACGGUUGUAUGAAUCUACAGAGCAUGGGAGGCUCACAGUUCGCAGCACCGUUUUUGAACGACAUUCACAAAUGGGAGAAAAAUUUAUCUCUAGUCAACGAAGUUUUAGUGGAAUGGACGCAUCUACAAAGGAAAUGGAUUUAUUUGGAAGGCAUUUUUGUUGGUGGAGAUAUAAGACAGCAGCUUCCCUCACAAGCUAGACAAUUCGACGACAUAGAUCACAGUUUUUUGAGAAUCAUGGAAGACGUCCAUCAGACGCCCUCUAUACUAAAACAAUGCUUGAAACAAGGCCGGUUAAAUGAAAUCGUCAGUUUAUCGGCCGGUUUGGACAAAUGUCAAAAAUCGCUGAUAGAUUAUUUGAACGAAAAAAGAAAUGCUUUUGCCAGGUUCUUUUUCUUGUCAGACGACGAAUUAUUGUCGAUUCUCGGAUCUUCCGACCCGACCUCGAUACAAGAGCACAUUGUCAAAAUAUUCGAUAACGUCUGCAUGCUACAGUUUAUUUGGGAGAAUCAAAACGAAGCAGAGUGUCCGAUUAUUAAAGGGCUGAUAUCGUGCGAAGGAGAAAUUCUACAAUUCGCCGAUUCUAUCAUCUUAACGGACAAAGUCGAAAAUUGGAUGAAUAAAGUGUUGGAAGAAAUGCGAGCUAAUAACAAAUACACUCACAAGCAUGCUAUUUACGACUUCGGCAUGGUACGCCAACCCCGAGGCAAUUGGAUGACUCAAUUUAUCGGCAUGGCCGUCCUCGCCGCAAACGGAGUUUGGUGGACGGUCGAAGUCGAAUAUUCUUUCCGUUGGCUUUCAGAGGGUCAGAACAGAGCGAUGAAAAAUCUGUGGGCCAAACUCAACAACCAACUGGAUGAAAUCGUAAUCAAAGUAAGGGGAGAUUUGUCGAAAAACGAAAGGAAAAAAUGCACAACCGUAUUGACUGUAGACGUUCACGCGAGGGACAUUGUCGAAACGUUCAUCGCGAACAACAUUACAGACAGAGAAGAGUUUGCAUGGGAGAGCCAAUUGAGAUUUUACUGGGUUAAAACGGUUGACGGGCUUAUUAUUAAGCAGUGCUCCGGGGAGUUUAAUUAUGGUAACGAAUAUAUGGGUCUGAACGGUAGGUUAGUCAUUACACCACUCACGGAUAGGAUAUACCUGACAAUUACACAAGCGUUAUCUAUGCAGUUGGGAGGAGCGCCUGCGGGACCCGCAGGAACCGGGAAGACUGAAACUGUUAAAGAUCUCGCGAAAGCGAUGGGACUGCUGUGCAUAGUGACGAACUGCGGCGAAGGUAUGGACCACCUUGGAUUCCAGAAAAUUUUAUACGGGCUGUGCCAAUGCGGUGCUUGGGGCUGUUUCGACGAGUUUAAUAGGAUUGACAUAUCCGUACUUUCCGUCAUAUCAACCCAGCUUCAAACGAUAAGAAACGCCUUACAAAACAAACUGACGACGUUUCAACUGGGACCGAACGAAAUCGCUUUAGACUCGAAAGUAGGAGUGUUUAUAACGAUGAAUCCCGGGUACGCAGGAAGAACGGAACUGCCCGAAUCUGUCAAGUCACUGUUUCGGCCUGUAGUCUGCAUUAUACCAGAUCUUGAGCAAAUCUGCUUGAUUAUGUUAUUUUCAGAAGGAUUUCUGAGGGCAAAAGUCUUGGCGAAAAAAAUGACCGUUCUGUAUAAACUUUCUAAAGAACAACUGUCUAAACAGAAUCAUUACGACUUCGGUUUACGAGCUUUAAAAUCUGUGCUUGUGAUGGCGGGAGAGCUUAAACGAAAUUCUCCUGAAUUACCAGAAGAUGUGUUGCUCAUGAGAGCGCUCCGUGAUAUGAACCUCCCGAAAUUUGUUAACGAAGACAUACCUUUGUUUACAGGUCUGAUUAACGAUCUCUUCCCGGGUCUCCAAUGCCAAAGAGUGACCUACCCUGAAUUUAUCGAAGCUGUUGAAAAAUCAUUAGACGAGCAAGGUUACGUAAAAUUAGCAACCCAAAUAGAUAAGAUAGUGCAGCUGUACGAAACCAUGAUGACCAGACAUUCCGUAAUGGUCGUGGGCCCGACCGGCGGUGGAAAGACCGUCAUAAUAAAUAUUUUGGCGAAGGCGCAAACAUUACUCGGAACCAUAACAAAACUAUACGUGCUCAAUCCUAAAUCGGUCACGGUGAACGAAUUGUACGGAGUCGUCAACCCAUUGACGAGAGACUGGACUGAUGGACUUCUGUCGAAAACCUUCAGAGAAGUAAACAGAACGCAAAAAGCAAACGUGAAGAAGUACAUUGUUUUUGAUGGUGACGUAGACGCGUUGUGGAUUGAAAACAUGAACUCGGUUAUGGACGAUAAUAAACUCCUUACACUGUCAAACGGAGAAAGGAUAAGGAUGGUUCCUUCGUGCGCAUUGGUGUUUGAAGUCGGCGACUUGCAAUACGCUUCUCCGGCGACGGUCUCACGAGCUGGGAUGGUCUAUGUCGAGCGGAAGAACCUCGGUUACAAACCGUAUUGGACUCGUUGGGUUAAUAGCAGGGUAGACGGAGCAGAACGACAUUGUCUCAACACACUCUUCGAACAAUAUGUGAUUCGUACGUUAUCGAUGAUUUUCGGCGGAUUAGCCGGACUUCAACAGUGGAAUCCUUUGAGGACGAUUAUCCCUCAAUCGGAAUUGAAUUUGAUUACCCAACUUUGUUUUGUGCUGGAAGCGAUGUUGCCAGGAUCCGAUCACGAAAUGAGAGGGAGCAAACCGGAAAAGCAGUCGUCCCUUCAAUCGGUAAAAGUCAAAAAGCGGAAAACUUCUAAAACCGGAAAAAACGAAAAUAUCGAAUUACUAGAAAUGACUGAGGCGACGUUUAUCGAAGCGUUAUAUCUAUCGCUGGGAGCGUCGAUCGUUAAAGAAGACAGGCCUCACUUCGAUUCUUUUGUGAAGAAAAUAGCAGGCUUGCCGUUGGUCGAAGACACGCCUGAAAAACGUGCGACCGUAUCCUAUCUACCUCAAGCCAUGCCAAGUUUGUACGAUUACAAACUGGAUCAGAAAAACGCCGUUUGGAUACCGUGGCGGGAUCUGGUGCCCCCGUACGUGCAUGACAAAAACAAAAAGUUCGGAGAUAUUUUAGUCCCGACUGAGGAUUCGACCAAGAUCCAUUGGUUGCUCCAUCAAAUGACACACGUGAAAAGACCUGCCAUCCUCGUAGGAGAGACUGGCACAUCGAAAACUGCGGUCAUCAUGGAAUAUUUGAGGAGCCUCGACAACGAUCAAUACGUCCAGCUGAUGUUAAAUUUCUCCUCCAGGACAACAUCGAGUGACGUUCAGAGAAAUAUCGAAUCGACCAUCGAGAAGCGCACGAAAGACGUCUACGGGCCGCCAGUCGGCAAAAAACUAAUAAUUUUUAUCGAUGAUGUCAACAUGCCACACUUCGACGCUUACGGGACACAGCAGCCGAUUGCUCUCUUAAAGAUAUUGGUCGAAAGAAAUGGCAUUUACGAUCUCGGAAAAGAAUUGCAAUGGAAAACAAUAAAAGACACGUCCAUUCUAGCGGCAAUGGGAAAAUCCGAAGGAGGAAGAAAUGAAAUGGAUCCGAGAUUCAUAUCUUUGUUUUCAGUUUACAACAUGACCUUCCCUUCAGAUUCGACUAUUACACACAUAUUCGUUUCCAUACUCGCCGGCCAUACGAGUGAUUUCAGCGAGGACGUAAAAACAAUCAUCACUGAAAUAAUUAAAGCGACCAUUCAUUUGUAUAAAAAAGUCGUAAUAGAAUUACCACCGACACCUACGAAAUUCCACUACAUUUACAAUCUCAGAGAUAUUUCGAGGAUAAUCGGCGGAUUACUGAUGACCCAUAAAAAUCAUUAUUUGUCAGAUUCGCGAUUCCUGCGCGUCUGGAGGAACGAAUUCACCAGAGUGCUCUUUGAUAGGCUGAUUAACGACGAAGAUCACAAUCGGAUGAACGAGCUAACCAAAGAGACGAUAGAAAUGGAAUUUGCCGCCCAAUCCGAUAUCGUUCUCAAAGACCCCUUGCUUUACGGCGAUUAUAGAAACGCUUUGAUCGAAGACGAACCGCGAUUUUACGAAGAUUUACAAAAUUACAACACCGUGUUCCAACUCUUCACGCGGAUAUCGACAGAAUAUAACGAAAAACACCACACAAUGAACCUCGUGCUCUUCGAAGACGCUUUGGACCAUUUGACCAGAAUACACAGAGUACUAAGAAUGCAUAAAGGCCACGCGAUGAUAAUCGGAGUGGGUGGGUGUGGAAAAGCUUCGAUAGUCAAGCUUGCUUCCUUCGCGGCAGAAUGUGGCAAUUUCGGCAUAGUGUUGUGCCGAGGGUAUUCCGAAUCCCAUUUCAAAGAGGACAUGAAAAAACUAUACAGGACAGUCGGUGUAGAUCAAAACUCGACGACAUUCCUAUUCGCCUCGACGCAUAUAGUCGAAGAAGGAUUUUUAGAGCUCAUCAACAAUAUCCUGACAAUUGGAAUCAUACCGUCCUUGUUUUCCGACGACGAGAAAGACGAAAUAAUCAGUAGUGUACGAAAUGCAGCGAAAGCAGAAGGCUACAGCGUCCUCAAAGAGUCGUGUUGGCAGUUUUUUAUAACCAAAUGUAGAGAUAAUCUCCACGUCGUUUUAUCGAUGAAUCCUCUAGGUGACGCGUUGCGGACGAGGUGCAGAAGUUUCCCCGGUCUCAUUAGUAAUACGACCAUCGAUUGGAUUUUACCAUGGCCGACGGAAGCUUUAUACGCAGUCGCCAACAAAUACUUCAAAGACGUUGAUACGAUUGCGGAGGAAGUGAAAGAACCCAUAAUAGAAUCAUUGGUACAAGUUCAUUUAAGUAUGAUCCAAUACACGGAAGAUUUUCACCUGCAACUUCGAAGAAAGAAUUACCUGACCCCGAAACACUAUUUGGAUUUUAUCAAAACCUAUUUGAGGCUGAUGGGAGAAAAGGCGGAGAGCAUCGAUAACCAAUGCGAACGUUUAGAAGGAGGUCUAAAAAAAAUUGCGGAAGCCAGCGUCCAGCUAGACGAACUGAGUGAAAAACUAGCACUACAGCAAAUAGUAAUAAAUGAGAAAACCAAAAACACCGACUUACUUAUGUCGGAGGUGGAAAACGCCACUCGAGUCGCCACGGAAAAGAAGAAACUCGCUAAAAAGAAGCAGACCGAAAUGGGUAAUCAAAGUAAGACGAUUAAAAGACAGAAAAAGGAAGCGGAGAAGGCGUUGAGCAAAGCUCUGCCGGCACUGGAAGCGGCGAAACUGGCGUUGUCGGAUUUGGAUAAGCACGAUAUCACGGAAAUUAGAUCCUUCGCCACUCCGCCCGAGCCUGUUCAAGUCGUGUGCGAGUGCGUCGCUCUUCUACGAGGUAUAAAAGAAGUCAGUUGGAAAGCGGCGAAAGGUCUUAUGGCGGACCCAUUUUACCUAAUGAAACUUCGAGAAAUGAAUUGCGACGUGAUCCCUCAAAGGACUCUACAACAAGUAAAGGCGCAUUUGAAAUCGUCCAAGAAAAUGGGCGAAAUGGCUAAAAUCAGCAGUGCAGGGAUGGGGCUGCUGAAAUUCGUCGAAGCCGUCUUGACCUACUGUGCCGCCUAUAAGGACAUCAAACCAAAAAGAGACAAGGUGAAUGAGUUGGAACAAGAGUAUAAAGAGGCGGAGAGAUAUCUUGACAAGCUGAACACAGAAAUCGACAAAAUAGAAGAAACUUUGGAAGAAUUAAACAGAAGAUACUCAAUAGCCAAUGCGGAAAAAAUUAAAAUUCAGGAAGAAACCGAAAUAAUGAAGCGACGACUUAAUGCGGCUGAUCAACUAUUCUCCGGUCUAGGCAGAGAGAAUGCCAGAUGGCUGGAAGACCUCGCGCAACUUGCAAUAGACAAGAAAGAAAUUAUUGGAAACUGUUUUCUCAGUGCGGCAUUCCUCAGCUACACCGGACCGUUCAGCUGGGAAUUCAGACAAGACAUGCUGUACAGGAAUUGGAUAAAUAUAGUCAAAGAAGCGCAGUUGCCUAUAUCGCUGCCGUUCAAGAUAGAACACCAUCUUACGGACGACGUGACGAUAAGUCUUUGGAACUCGGAAGGCCUGCCACCCGAUGAAUUGUCAAUUCAAAACGGAAUAUUGACGAUGUCGGCUUCGCGCUUUCCCAUAUGCAUCGAUCCGCAGCAGCAGGCGCUGAACUGGAUUAAGAAAAAGGAAGCAAAGAAAAAUUUAAAAAUCUUAUCCUUCGGGGAUCCGGAAUUCUUGAAGCUAUUGGAACUGGCUAUAAAAUACGGACAUCCAGUCUUGUUUCAAGAUGUAGACUACAUAGAUCCAAUUGUGGACAACGUUAUACAAAAAAAUAUCAAGGGUAACUACGGUAAAUAUUUUAUUGAACUUGGCGAUAAAGAGGUGGAAUAUGACACUCGGUUUAAAAUGUACCUCACGACGAAAUUACCAAACCCCAAUUUGAACCCUUCAGUUUACACGACAGCGACUGUCAUUAAUUAUUCCGUAACGUUGAUGGGUUUGGAGGAACAGUUAUUGAGUGUUGUUGUGGGGCAUGAACGCCCUGAUUUAGAAGAAAUGAGAGAAAACCUCAUAAACGAAACAAGCCAAAAUAAACAAUUGUUGAAACAACUUGAAGAUUCGUUGCUCCGAGAACUGGCCACGUCGACGGGGAACAUGUUAGACAAUCCAGAUCUAGUGCAAACCCUGGACGAUACCAAGUCAAACGCUACCGAGGUUCAGUCCAAGCUUCAAAUGGGAUCAAAAACAAAAGCCGACAUAGAAAAAUUGAGAAAUAGCUACAGGCCAGUAGCACAAAGAGGAGCGAUUUUGUUUUUCAUUCUUUCUGAUAUGUCAGUAGUAAAUCCAAUGUACCAAUACGCUUUAAAUGCCUAUUUGGACGUAUUUUCUCAUGCUUUGAGAAAAACCCCCCCUGACUCAAAACUUUCAAGAAGGAUUAUGCGAAUAAUAGCAUGUUUGACCCAAGCGAUUUACGACUACGGCUGUACGGGAAUUUUUGAAAAGCACAAGCUCCUUCUUUCGUUCCAAAUCGCUGUGAAACUGCAAAUGAGCGAAGGGAACGUUACACAAAAACAGGUGGACUUUUUCAUAAAAGGAAACGUUGCGAUUGAAAAAUCAACAGUGAAGCAGCCUUAUCCAUGGAUUACUAACCAGGGUUGGAACGAUAUUCUAAAACUGACGGAUGAGUUUUCUAGCACGUUCGGAACUUUAUUAAAACAGCUCGAUUCUGCUCCACAACAAUGGAAAGUAUGGUACGAUUUGGACAAUCCGGAGGGUGUAGAUAUGCCUAAUGGUUAUGGCAAUAAUUUUACCCCUUUUGAAAUCUUGAUGUUAAUGAGAUGCAUAAGAAUAGAUAGAAUUUACCAGUGUGUGACAGAUUUUAUUCUGAAAACGAUGGGAGAACAGUAUAUCACGCCGCCUUACGUGAGUAUUAAUCAAAUUUACGAGCAAAGUACCUGCAAUUCUCCGAUAAUAUUCAUACUGAGCCCCGGUUCUGAUCCAUCCGGUGAAAUCAUGAAACUAUCCGAGGUCUGUCAGAUGCGGGAUAAGUUCAAGUAUUUAUCAUUGGGACAAGAUCAAGAAGCCCCUGCGUUCAAGCUCAUUGACGAAGGGAUCAAUAUGGGCGAAUGGAUAAUGCUACAGAAUUGUCAUUUGCUCCUCCCGUUCAUGCGUGAUUUAGAAAAGAAACUAGAAAAAAUCGUACAACGACAUCCAAACUUCCGGCUUUGGCUUACCACAGAACCAUCUGAAAAUUUCCCCAUCGGGGUCCUUCAGUCGUGUUUCAAAGUAGUAAUGGAGCCUCCGAACGGUUUGAAACUGAACUUGAGGAACACAUUUUUCAAAAUGAAAAGCAGUGUCCUGUCGUCGACGGACCAUCCCGCUUUCAAAACGCUAGUCUACAUCGUGGCGUUUUUCCACGCAGUCAUCCAGGAAAGGAGGAAAUACGACAAAGUGGGUUGGAAUAUAAACUACGAUUUCAGCGAAUGCGAUUUCGCGGUAUCUGUGGAAAUCUUAAGCACGUACCUUACGAAGGCUCUUUCGUCGGAGGAGCAGAGAGUUCCCUGGAACAGCUUGAAGUAUCUCAUAGGGGAAGUCAUGUACGGAGGUCGAGUCAUCGACCACUACGAUCGUCGCAUUGUAGCCACAUACAUGGACGAAUACAUGGGGGAUUUCGUGUUCGACGCGCUUCAACAGUUCUACUUCUACAAUGAUGAGACAAUCGCUAUAACUAUCCCACCGCCGAGUACAAAAGAAGAAUAUCUCGAGCACAUAAAUACCCUUCCUUUGAUCUGCCCGCCUGGCUGUUACGGCUUGCACGGAAACGCCGAAAUCGGUUACUACACACAGGCGACGAAGGAAAUGUGGGACACGUUGAUAGACCUCCAGCCUCAGAGCGUCCUCAGCGCGUCAGGUAUAAGCAGGGAGGAGAUGAUCCACAAUUUGGCGGAAGACAUUAUAAAAGUAAUUCCGGAUCCCUACGAGCUGAGAAGAUUGCGGAUGAAUUUGGAAAACAACACCAAACCGACGAAAAUAGUACUACUGCAGGAAUUGGAAAAAUUCAAUACUCUCGUGCGUAGGAUGAAGUCGACCCUCAAUAACACGCAGAAAGCUCUCAAAGGAGAAAUAGGAAUGGACAACGUGCUGGAAGACAUUUCGACCAGUCUUUACAACGGCCAACUGCCUAACGACUGGAGGAAGCAUACUCAACAGACGACGAAGAAUCUAGCGAGCUGGAUAGAAUUCUUCACGAAAAGGAACCAGUUCUUCACGGAAUGGAUUGCCAUGGGUGAGCCGGCAGUCAUGUGGUUGCCAGGAUUAUCGUUUCCCGAGGCCUACCUCACGGCAUUGGUACAAGAAGCUUGCCGAAUGGAGGCCUGGUCUUUGGACAAAGCGUCGAUCAAGACUGCUGUAACAGAUUUCACGAGGGAAGACGACGUGGAUGCAAAACCGAAGAUCGGAUGCUACAUCUCCGGUUUAUUUCUGGAAGGAGCUCGAUGGGACCACAAAAAGAAAUGCAUAGCAAACGCCCAUCCUAAAAUAUUAAUAGACAACCUUCCGCUCUUAUCCAUAACGCCGACUUCCAAGAACAGCGUGAGCGAUGAUCCAUAUCUGUUGCCGACGCCGGUCUACAUGACGUCCUUAAGGAGGAACGCGAUGGGAGUCGGAUUCGUAUUCGAGGCUUCUUUACCGAUCCCUACGCACGCCAGCUUCUGGAUACUUCAAGGGGUAUGCCUCCUAAUGACGACCGAUCACGCGCUCUAAACAGAAAAGAGCCUGGAUUUAAGUUAUAAUAAAAUAAAACUUAUGCUUACUAGACGUA